AGCAGGGUCCUUUACGAUAUGCACAGGCCACGAAAAAUGUCGCUAGAUGCGAUGUUGUAAAAAGUUGGAUUUUUCACCUGAAGUUGUCUCUCAGAAAAUGCAACGAAGUUUGUUCCAGCAAGCCGUGCGUAUGCACGGUCAGAAUCUUUCGGUCCUCACAGAAAAGCAUCUUCAAGAAGAUUUCAUUUUCAUGCAAGGAGAAAAUGAAGAUGAACAGCUUGCUGAUCAGAAAGCAGGGGAGGACAACCAUCGGGAAUCGGCUUUGAAUCACCCCGACACUACCGCGGGGGCUCCCCACCAAGACAGCGUACGUUUGACGGGGACCAUGCGAGAUCUUGUUCAUGUGCAAUCGCGUUCAACAACAGCUGAAUCAAGUGCCGAAGAGUCUUCAAAAUCAGACACUUCACCGGAAAUUCUACCACUUGGUGUGCCGCGGGAGCUCCAUGAGCCAUUUGAUGACCUGUCCACGAAGACCAAAUUGUUUAAAGAUGAUGGAUUUGUAUCCCAGCUCCAUAAUUUCAUAUCGAAGAAAGCCCACCUUCUAUUCAAGGCAUCUCAAGGAGCCAAAGAGUCUGCCACAUUACCAAGCCUCCAGGACACCGUUGACCUAGACUACUAUGCUACUUUACCCCCAAUGGAGCAGUUCAUGGUCAUUCCUCCGGACCAGUCUAGGAAAAGACUCUUUGAGAUCCUUGCCGUUGGCGAUAUCAUUGCAGGAUCGAUCGUGGCCAUCAAAGAUUUCGGCAUGUUUGUGCAAGUGGUGUGCUUGUGUGGAAAAGAUGCCAGGUAUCUUCAAGAGUGUGACAUUGUUGGACUGCUUCCGAAGGGAGAGCUUGGUGAUAGGUACUCCCAGAAGUCUCAGCUUGAUGAUUUCCGUGCUGGUGAUGUGGUCCGGUGUAGAGUGGUGAAGACGGAUGCAGUCAACGAGAAGGUCAUCUUGACGAUGAUCAACCAGGGUGAACAGAAUGAUGAAAACCUUCUUGGUAUCAUCAACGAAGGUGAGCUUCCUGUGCAUUACCGUCGCUCUCAAACCCAGCGAGAGACACAGGAGUCCUAUGACGAGAUGUUGGACAAUACUCUAGGCUUUGACAACCCUUAUAAUGUAUCCUGCCUGGCUAACAUGCUUGAUAUAGACGAUACAGCCCCACCUUCCCUGAUGCCUGGAUUGCAGAGUGCUAAUUUCCCGACAGAGGAGUAUGCAGAAUCAUUGAGGAAAUGGCAAUCACACAAAUGGGCCAUGGAAAGUGUUGCUCGAGGUGUGGAGCAUUUCAAAGCAAGCCGUUAUCUUGAAGCCAUGCAGCAGCUUAACAGAGCCCUGGAGAUUGAUGCAGAGAAUGUAGAAGGCCUUGUUGCACGGGGGGCAUUGUUUGCAAACCAGAACAACUUGUCCAAGGCCAUCAAAGAUUUUGCUGAAGCUUUGAGAAUCAAACCGUCUCAUAAGAAUGCCAAUAGAUACAUGUGUCAGACUCUGUAUGAGAAAGGAAAACAAUGUGAAGAUAACGAUGAGAAAGACAAAGCCAAGGAUUGUUAUCAGAGCGCUGUGGACCUCAACCCGGAUUUCAAGGACGCCCUCGUGUGUUUACAAAGACUUGAGAAAACUUCUAGACGGAAGAGUGUCAAGGAUAACAGCGAGGAAGAAGGGCUUGUUACAUCAUCCGAAGAGUCUCCCCAGGAACAGAUAUCUGCCAAACAACUGCGAGAAAUGAUCACUGAAGAAAAAUCCUCCACCAAGAAGAAGAAAAAGAAAGAUAAACAAUCCCGGGGUCAUGAGGACGGGAAAGGGGAUACUAAAGUCAAGAAAGAGUUGAAGAUGGCAAAAAAGAAGAAGAAAAAGAAAAAGUUGAGGAGGAGAAGCAGCUCCUCGCCAGAGAUUUCUAAGUUGAAGCAGAAAGAACCAUCUAGUGAUUCAGAGAGUGAAUCGUCAGAACCACCAAGCCCUGUGCCGAAGCACAAGAGAGGCUCGAAAGAACUGAAAGAAGUGCAGUCUCCAGAAAGAGGCAGGCUCACAGGGAAGAAGAGAUCAAGAAAUGGAAGCCUCUCACCAAAGCGAAAGAGCCGUAGCAAAACUAGGAAAGCUGACCUGAUCCGAAAGAAAUCCAAACAUGCUUCAGAGACAUCCUCGAGCAAUGAUGAUGAUAAAUUGAAGGAGGUAGAAGUAACAGAUAAAAGAAACCAUCGUAAGUCUAUGGAGAGGAAUAGCAGUGUAAAAGCUAAGCAUAAAGUUGAUUUGAAUCGGAGCAGAAAGGAUAGUGACUCUUCUGUGGCUUCAUCAUCUGAUGAGGAGCCUCUGAAGAAGAGAGAAGGCAAAAAGGAAAGGAAAGACCAAAAAGUGAAAGAAUCAUCUCAUAAGAAAAGGAAGAUGAAGACCAAGAAGGAUAAAAUAAAAAGAAGCAGAUCGUCAUCAUCUGUCUCUGAAGAAAGUGCAGAUUCUCCGUCUUAUUCUCCCAUGAGGAAAAAAUCCAAACCAGCAAAGAAGGCUAAGAAAAUGCAUAAAAGGUCCAAGAAGAGGUCAGAUAGUGUUACAUCUGGAAGUGAUUCCGGCUCAGAAUCUGAGCGAAAGCCUUCCCCUCCCAGGAAAGCCCACAAGAAGAAAAAGAAGAACAAGAAGAAGAAAGCAAAGAAGAAGGAGCGUGCAUCAUCAGUUUCGUCUCGGUCGGUUCUCAGUUCUGAAUCCCCAGAACGACCCAAGUCAACUGAGGAACAUUCUAAGAAGAGGAAGUUCAAGAAAAAUACAAAAGGAGAUGAUCAUUAUUCAGACAGAUCCAGUUUGGAAAGUUCAUCUUCCUCAGAGCAGCAAAAGGUAACCAACAUGAAGAAAGAUUCCAAAGCCAGAAUUGAUGGAGACUCGCCAAUAAGGUCAGAAAGACGAUCGCGGUCUACUUCUUUGGUUAAAAAAGCUUCCAAAGGCAGCUCAGACGAAGGAGAGGAGAUCAAGAUUGGUAAGAAACGGUCCAGAUCAAGCGAAUAUAGUAUUCCACAAGUGAAAGAUCACCCUAAAAGGCAGUCAUCCAGAGAAGCAGGCCAUUCUCCAACAGAUGAGAGACGUCAAAGAAUGACUUCUGAUGAAGAAUCAGAGGAGCACUACAUGAAGAAAGCUGGGCAUAAAGGACAAAAGAGAUUAUCAUCACCAGAAAAAGAGGAAAGCAAAUCUGAUAUGAAAGUCAAGACAGAGAGUAAGCAAAAAAUUGAGAGAAAAGAAGAGGUAGACAAAAGUUCAAGGAGAAGUAAAAGACACUCUAAGGCAGAAUCUCCUUCCAGUAACAGGAAGCACAGAAGUGCAUCAAGGGAAAGAAAUAAGUCAGAUGACAGAGACAAAAAGAAAUCAAGAAAAUCAUCCUCUCCUGCUGGUAUGUCGCCAGAAAGGAAAGAACCUUCCGAGGAUUAUAAACAAGGCAAAUUAGAUAAACAUUCUGAGUUUGGUGGUGAUGGAUCAUCAAGGGAGAAGAAUAAAUUUGACAAGAAAGACAAAAAGAGACAGCAGAAGUCAUAUUCUUCUGCCUCUGAAUCCCCUCCGAGGAAAGGCAAAGUUGAGGAGCACAAAGAAGAGAAGUCUGGUAAGCAUUCAAGGACUAGAGAGGACAGUCAUGAAAGGUUGAAGUUAACCAGGAGAUCAAGAUCUCUCUCUCCAAAAGGAAAAAGGGAAGAGGAAAAGAAGGAGCGUACUCCUAUUAGAGAAAGAAAACGAAAAAGAAGUGGCUCUUUCAAAGAUGACACAAAUUCACUUGAGAUGGAUAGCCGUGAUCGAAAAUCAAGAGAUAUUGAAAAAGAAGAUAAAGUUAGACAUAGAAAGGAAUCGGGUGAAACUCGCAGUAGACUUGAAUCUCCUGAGGGAAGCAGGUAUCGCCCCAAAUCAGCUGAUAGUGGGAAAAAUGCCAGAAAAGAGUCUCCUAAAGAGAAUAAGAAGAGUCAAAGCAAACGUUCUCCAUCCCCCUUUGGAAGGAAUGAAGAUAGAAGUAGAUCAAGAGAAGAUGUGAAUCAAAAAAGAUAUUCAAGAAGUGGCAGAAGUACUUCCGUUGAUUUUCAUGACAGAAAACAGAGGUCAAAAUCUGGGUCUUAUGAGAGAGAGAAAGACAAGGAACAUAACAGAUCAGAAGACAAGGACAGAGGAAGAAAUAGAAGAGAAAGCAGAGAAAAAGAAGAUAGCAGAAGAAGAAGUGGAUCUUUUGAUAGAGAGGGGCCUACUAAAGAACGAAAAUUGAGUGAUGGCGAUCACCACAAAAACUCUGAUGAAACAAAUAACAAAGAUCGCCCAAGGUCAAGAGAAGAUGAAAAGAGGAAAGAAAGCAGAGAUGCUGAGAGAAGAACAAGUCAUGAUGUCAUACGAGAUGAUAGGGAUAGAGGAAGGGAUAGAAGAAAGGAAAGCCAAUACCAUGAUCUUGACAGGUCUAGUCGUAGGGAAUCCAGAGACAGGGAAGGAAGAGAUUCAGGGAAGAAUGCAGACAGUUUUGGAGAAAACGGCAGGAAAUCAAGGGAAAGGUCCAGAGAAAGAAAAGAUUCACGGAAGAAUGCAGACAGUUCUCAAGAAAUCCGCAGGAAAUCAAGAGAAAGAGAAGGGGAAAGGUCUCGGGAACGGUCCAGGGAAAAAGAUAGAAGAGAUUCAGCAAAAAAUGUUGACAAUUCUAGGGAAAGAAAGGAAAGAUCUAGUGAGAGAGAGAAGGAGAUUUCUGGGAGCAGAUUUGAAUCAAAUAGACGAGAACAGAAGAUUCACUCUGACUCUUCCAAAGACAUUGGAAAAGCAGGGACCAAAGCAAAGGAAGGUGAGCAUCAUCAGAUGCCCUCUUUGAAUAUUGAAGAUAUUCCAAUGCCUCCUGAAAAACCGACACCGGUUGUUGAAGACAAGAAAGAACCAUCUCCUAUUCUCUAUGUGACAUCCAGCUCUUGCAAGGAUGAGAUCAUCAAGGUGAAAAGCAAGUGGGACACUGACAGUGAAGAUGACGAAAGUGGUGCCUCUGGACCCUCUCAGAAUCGUAGAGGUGGUGGAGGCAGGGGUGCUGCAGGUGGUCCAAAGUCUUUUGGACCCUCAUCCCAAUACAGGGGUAGCAAUGUUGGUGGGAAUACUGGUGGUGGAAAAAACUAUGGAGGUUAUCGCAGACAUGCUGAUGAUAGCGUUUUUGAGAACACAUCCUACAAUAUAGGCAUUUCAGAAACUUGUCAGUGCUGUCAACAUCUCUCUGUAGAUUUAGAACAGGCUGUGCACCAUGAGCCGUUGAGAUUGAGGGGUGGAUGCGUUGCCAGUCCACCACCCAAAUAUGAAUCCGAUCACAGCGAUUCUGAUGUGUCUUUUAGUUCGUCAAGUAAUGUUGACUCUGAAGAACCCAAGCAAGACAGUUCGUAUGAGGAUCAUUCGUCGGUUGGAAGAAGGUACAAAUCCUCAUCAAGCGAUAGAAGUUCUGGUGAGAGGAGUAAAAAGCGGUUUAAGCUAUCAAGAAGGAGAGAAAGUCAAAGUUCCUCAAGGAGCUCAAGCACAAGCUCUUCAGGAAGCUGGAGCAGUAGAUCAUCAAGCAGGAGUGACAUUUCUCUUUCACCAAGCGACAAAUCUCGCUCUCCAUCUUCUGAAAGGUCAAGUAGCAGUUACAGGAGCUAUGGCUCUAAUAGCAAAUCAUCAAAGGAACAGAUAGAAACCAGAAGACAGGAUGAUCAAGGGUCCAACACUGAGAGUUCAGAUUCAGAGUGUGCGGAUGAAUACAAUCUUUUUGAUAGUUGGGAGGACUACAUGGACACUAAGGGCCAUAACCUUGGUAAAGAAUUGCAUUCCAGUAUUAGAGAACAGCGCACUGUAAAGCUAGAAACUGGUGGUAGUACAGUAGGAAAGUUUAAUAGAAAUAGUCCUGUACACACAGACUCUGAAGAAGAACAAGAAAGCCCUAGCAAAACUGUCCAGACUGAGAGUCCAGAUGACGACAAUGCUAAAUGUGAUGAGGAUAUUACUGAUAAUACUAAAUGUGAGAAUGAACAAAAGACUUGUGGUGAUUUAGGAGAAAAUAAAGAGAGUGGAACCUUGGAGAAAGCACAAGGUAUGAAAAAUCAGGCACCAAUACUUAAUAAAGAAGUCCAACUUGAUAGACAUUCUAGAAAAAGAGAUAGAGAUCACUUCGCAAGUAGUUCGAAGCAAGAAGCAAACAAAAUCAGCCAUUAUCAGGGAUCAAGCACGAGUAGUAGAUAUGGCCAAUAUGGGUUUGGAGCAGAUAAUGUUAGGCAGGAAAAUUACAGUCACAAUGAAAACUUGGAUGAAAGUUAUCCUGUAGAAUAUGGAAAUCAACUGAAAGUAAGACUCAGCCACGGUUCUGACCGUCAUGAUCAUGUAAAUACUGAGAGACGUCAUGGUGGUCAGUGGUCUCAUGAUCAUAGAAGUGGCCAUUACAAAGAUGAAAGGCAGCACAGAGGUGACGGCAAUUACAGAGAAAAUCACCAUCACUCAAGACACACCUACCCUCAACGAGAGGAGAGGCAAGAUUACCGCAGACACUCUCAAAGGGGUUAUGGGAAUCACAGACGAAGAGAGCACGGUUUUCGAAGGAGAAGGGAUGAUGACGAUUGGGGGCGGGGUGUGAAGGAAGUCCAAGAACGGGGCACUUUCUUGGGGUUGGUGACGAAAUCCAAAGAAGGAUUAGUCUCACAGUUGUACAGUGUGUGUUCUUCAGCUCUUGAAUUAGUGCGAUCUGAUCACCGUCAGUGGUGGCUCUGACAUUCAUUCAUUUUGGAAUAGGUACACUAUGUAACUUCUUCAGGUUCUUUUGUUUCAUCUACUUCUCCAUAUAUUUGUUUUCAACUGAAUUGAGUUUACAUUGCAGAUACAUGUAUGUUUCUCAUUAGUGGUUUUAAUUUUCCACUCAUUUCCAAUAUCCAUUUUCUUCAGAAAUUAUUUCAAUAUCAAAUCUGAAAAAUAACUCAUCUGUAUUUUUUAUUGUAAUAGUAAUUUUACGGUAUUUAAUUUCAUUUUUUGAUUUUCACAUUUUACUGAAUAUUUUACCGGCAAUGAUUUACUUCCUGUGUUCCUUAUGCUUUGUGUGAGCACAGGUUAAUGUCUAUUAUUUGGCGAUCAUUUAUGUGGGCUUCAUCAUUUGUGACUAAUUGCUUCUUAGCAAUGGCCAAUCCCAGUCCUUGUUGUUUAUUAAUAAUUCUUACCAUGAACCAAUCAGAAUCACUGUUUCAUAAUUUUCUAAUUCAUUACAAACCUUGGUGAGUUAGUAGGCUGUUUGGAUUGAAGCAAUUAAUUAAUAAUUUGGUCCCUGUAAUCAUUGGGUUGUGGGUGGAGACAUUAUUUGCCCAAAUUUACAAAGUUGCUUUCAAAUAUAUGAUCUGACACCAUGGUAUAUGUUGCUUUGAUAAUUCAGUGCAUACAUAUUUCAAGAACCCGUUCAGUAAUGAAUGACGGAUUUUCUUGGUUACUUUUGGGUCGACAUUGCUGCAUGCACUGCUUAUGUAAACUUAUUUUGUAUGAUAAUAAUAUUAGCCAUUUUUUUAUAAGUGCUUUUUCCCAGAAUGGCUCAAAGCGUGUUACAGCAUAUUA